UUCCGUGCUUCUUGUGUGCAAUUUAGUUUAUGCUUGAAAAUUUUUACAAUUUUUAUACAGCAAACCAAUUUCAAGAUUACAUAUCUGUAAUUCGCCGAUCCUUUGGCCACUAGCUACUCUUGUACUUUACAAAAACUUAAAUUAAUUAACAAAGUAAAUCUGUUUGGAGACCAUGUCCUUCCAUUUGAGCACGAAGGAGCGUUUACUGCUGUUGUUAGAUGACAUCGAGUUGGUGGCAAAAGAACUUAUUGAGAACACCGUCGCACCUAAACAUCAAAAAAUUUCUACAGCUGAACAUACCGCGCUUGUGGACUUAUUAGUGUCCAAAGAUGAGGAAUUUCGAAAAAUGUUGGAGCUAGCCGAUGAGCAGGCUAGAAUCGAACAAAAAAUGGAUGAAUUACGUGCAAAAGUCGAAGUUCAUGAUAGAGAAAUACAAAAGCUGCAAAAGUCACUAAAAGAGGCCGAACUUUUACUUUCCACUGCAAUUUUUCAAGCACGUCAAAAGUUGUCUAGUAUUCAUCAGGCAAAAAAGCGUCCUGUAUCCUCAGAAGAACUGAUUAAAUAUGCUCAUCGCAUUAGUGCCGCAAACGCAGUAAGUGCACCACUAACUUGGUGCAUCGGCGAUGUGCGUCGCCCAUAUCCCACCGAUAUAGAAAUGCGUAAUGGUUUUCUGGGAAAAUCUGAUUUAAACAUUAAUGGUGGCGGGGUGUCACAUCAAAAUAAUGUACCCGAUGCACAGCGUAGCAUGGCUGAAGUACCAAAUGCGUUCCAAAAUCAAUUCAAUUGGAAUAAUCUCGGCGAACUGCAUAUGUCCAUGGGAUCGACUGGCAAUUCCGUGCCCCUGGAAACACGCGCACAUAAAGAGGCAUCUCAGGAUGAUGUUGAAGUCAUGUCAACGGACAGUUCUAGCUCUAGCUCGAGUGAUUCACAGUAA